AUGACAACGAUCAAGCGUCGUGAAAGUAUUGAAGUAUUCCGUCUACGACUGCGCGAGACGGUGAAUGAGGGCGACGAUAGCGAGAGUGUCGGCACGCGCGGUCUCUUGAGUCUGUCAGAACAGGAACAGGUUUCGAUCCCGUUGUCACGCGCCAAGGAAAGCGCUGGAUACGAACGGAAAGAGACAAUGAAGAAGAAGCAGCAGCAGCAGGGACUGGAGGAGAUUGCUCACGAGGUUGAAAGAACUGCCGCGAAACGUCCGAUUCGUGUGGAGGUUCCGAUUGACAAAGACAGCGACAAGGAGGAGGAGUUUGUUACUACGGAACAGAAGAUUCUAAUUGAUGCCAAGAGUGAAAACGAGGAAGAGGAGGACAUUGACGGACGUGAACAUAGUGAGAGACGCAAACCGUUUCUGCUGACAUCAUCGUCUUCGAGUGAUGGGAGUAGCACACGGACGAUGCGCUGUAGUCUCGAUGCCGCUGACUCUCCGUCUACUGCGAUAAAUGAUGGAGAUACUGCAGCUAUGGAAGUUUUAGAGCAAUUGAAUGAGCAUGAAAAAGUGUUGGAGACUAAUGAGCUCGUGACAACGGACAAAGGUAUAAACAUGGAAACAACAGCAGUACAGACAGCGUCAUGCUUACAUUCACCACCUACAAGUCAACCAAAAGACAACAGUCGCGAAUCGAGGCGUGUUGUACUCGUGACGCGUCCGAGCCAAAGGGAUAUUGAGAUGUGGACGGAGCGUGCUACGAGCACGAUGGUCAAGUCCAGAGGCAGCAGUGCUCGGCCAACGCCGACCAGUGCACAGAGUCGAAGGUGGGUGCUUGAGUACAAGCCCGUAGUCCGUCACUCUGGAUGGCUUAUUAAACGUGGUCAUGGUCUGCGUAAUUUCAAGCGUCGACUGUUUUGUAUUGUGGACAAUGAGCUUAUUUAUCACGACACACAUGAUGCGACAGAGGUGCGUGGUCGACUGGAUCUCACGCGCAAGAGCACAGUGCAGUGUAUGCUGCAUAGCGGUUUCAAGUUUGCACAAACAGGCUGCAGCAUGAUUUUGUAUGCCUUGGACAAUCACGACCGCGACGUGUGGAUUCGAAAAUUACAGGAGCAUAAUGUGCAGUUGCUGCCUGAGGGUGCCAAGACUGCUAGGCUUUUGAAGCAGAACAGCGAUAAUGCAGACAAAGACGGCCCAAUUUUAUUUUCCGGUUGGCUACGCAAGCGUGGUCGUAUGGUAAAAUCGACAAAGCGUCGUUGGUUCGAGUUAUCAAACAGUACGCUGUCGUAUUAUACUCAUCCGCAGGGCGGCUCCCGUAAGGGCUCUAUCGACAUCUCCCACGCCCGGAUCUCACGUGUAGACAACCUCAAGACGGGUCAAAAUUACAGCUUCCUGAUCUGCACCGUCAGUCGAAACCUGUUCCUGCAUGCUGACAGCCAAGAAGAACGAUCGAUGUGGCUAGCAGCCCUUGCUUCAGUAGGCGAUGGCUGCUCAAGUGUAACACAAGCUGGUGAAGUGUCUCCAAAAUCCAAUGCUAACGAUUUUUCUAUGCCCACGAGUGUGUCGGAGAUUGGCCGGAUGUGCAAAUGUGGCGCUUUGGAGGAAGGCGGUGCGGCUAUUGAUGGUGUUUGUCGCCGCUGUAUGUCUUCCUUCAUUUCAAACACUGAAGACGUGAUGUUGGAUGUGGCACGCGAAGUGCAGCUGUUGUUAGCAUCUCCAUACUCACCGGAAGGUUGCACAUCGGCUGCUUUCUUGAAAGAGCACACUGGUCGUCCAGUCAACAACGCAACGGUGCGGCAGUUCAUGACUGGUCUCUCCGACUACUUGAUUCAUACUCGCUUGAAACAGCUUCAGAUGCUCGCAGGUGUCGCGCAUUCUAAUAGCGAGUCGGAUAGCGGGUCCGAUGACGACAUAAGCAAAGGGAAGGCUAACACCGGUCACCCUCAAGAUGCUGCUGUGGUCAGUGAAAUCACGAACAACAUUCAGAUGAUCGUUUACGAACAGAUUGAGGAGCGUAUUUGUUUUCCACUCUAUCGUGUGAUCUUGGCGAAUGUGCAUGCACAAACACGAGAGGAUGCAAAGUUGCUGAAGGGAAAGAUUGAGAUACUGCGCAGCAAGUCGCAAGCAUUUUUUGGCAUUGGCCCCGCCAGCGUGUCAUCUUCUAAAUGGAUUUCAGCCUGCUCAAAGUUGCAAAAGGUCGACAAAGUGAGUCUUCCGUACAUGAAGCGUGCGCAGCUACUGGCUGCCUGCAAGGACAUCUACACCGUGUACCACACAGAACACCCUACGCAGCCACCAAUGAGUGCUGACGCCUUCAUCCCAGCCUUCAUCUACGUAUUGAUUCACUCACAUCUACGCGAUCCCGUAGCGCUCAAAGAGUUGAUUACGUUCUUCGAUUCGAGUAGUCAGCAUGGAGAAAUUGCGUACUUUGUGACAUGUCUGGAGAUCGCGCUUGAGUACAUCCGAUCGCUCUUGACAGCAUGUACUGUGGUUCUGUCCUCGAAUCGGAAGCUUGGUAUUGAGUUUUCUAAACACGUCGAGGCCGACGUGGUAAUUGUUCAUAGACUAGUCCCGGGUGAACAGGCCCAACAGAGCGGCGUAAUCAACGUCGGUGAUGUGCUGGUUGCUGUGAAUGGGCUGCCUGUGUACGAGAUGGAUUUAGAUGAAGUUGCAAAACUUUGGCGUGGCGUGGAUGGCGAGGCCGAGUUAUGCUUCCUGCCAAUGGACGAGUAUUUGAGGAAGUACGGCACGUCCUGA